AUGUCUUCAAAAGGAGCAAAAGCGCCAUCUUCAGGCCUGAAGGAGACCCAUCCAUUCCCAGGUGGUCAUGAUCCACUUCAGCAGGACUUUGUAGAGACCCUGCCAACAGAGAUGAGUGUGAGGAUCUUCAGCGAGCUGGACGUCAGGAGUUUGUGCCAGGCCUCGCUCACCUGUAAAAACUGGAAUGACAUCAUCGAGGGCAGCGAUCACCUGUGGAGGAGCCACUGUUUUACGGUGCUGGCUAUUUGCCAGAGAGAGGUGAACGGGGACAGGCUUGAUGGAUGUUCGUGGAAGGUUACUCUUGUGCGUAACUACAGGAAAGGCUGCGUAAAGAGGAGGUGGCUGAAGGGCCGGUACAGUAACAUCCGCUCUGCCGACGAUAUCCCACCCAACAGCAUGUGUCCACUGGACGUGGAGACCUGGGGAGAGAUACUGGAGGCAGAACUGGAGAGAUAAGAGACUUUUGGGAUCAUGCCAACAGACUGAAAUAUAUCAGAUAUGCCUCUACAACUGAGAAUUUUUGACUGAAACACUUGCUGGAUUCUAUAUUGGAUUUUAUAAUCAGUGUUGCAAAAAAAAAAAAAACACACAGACUGAGGCGGUCAGAAAACAUGAUAAUGUGUCUUUUGUAAUGGAAAAUGUUAUUUCUAUUACUGAAAUUUGCUAGAGACUGUAUGGGAAAUUAGAUUUUAUAGGUUUGAAAUCGUUUUAAAGCUGGAACAGAGAGAGAUCUUUCCUUCACUCUUUUUA